GUUAUUCCUUCAUUUUUUUUUUUUCCACAUGGAUUAUGAGUACAUAUGGUUAUUUCUUCAUUCUGCAGUUGGCUCAGAUAACCGUGAUGGCCAUGCAGGAGAAAUACCCUGCUGAGAGGAUUUCUCAUGCCACUUCACCAGGUUCCAGUGUGAUUCAGAAGGGCAGUUCUCUGGGGACUGAAUGGCAGACCCCAGUUAUCUCGGAGGCCUUUCGGAGCCGCUUCAGCCGCUGUUCAAGUGUAGCUGACAGUGGGGACACAGCCAUUGGCACAUCAUGUUCAGACAUUGCAGAGGAUUUUUGCAGCUCAAGUGGCAGCCCUUCCUUCCAGCCCAUCAAAAGCCACGUAACCAUUCCAACAGCCCAUGUGAUGCCUUCUACUUUAGGGACCUCUCCUGCCAAGCCAAAUUCUAUACCUGCUGGACCCUCUUCCUCCAAACUCUCUUUGUCAGGGUUGGCGGAAAGCGUGGGGAUGACAAGAAAUGGAGACCUCGGUGCAAUGAAACGUUCUCCGGGCCUGUCUAGAGAUCUCAUGUAUCUCUGUGGUGCUACUGGAGAAAAUGGAAUUGAGCAGUCCUGGUUUCCAGCAGUGGGCCAUGAAAGAGAGGAACAAGUGAGGAAGUUUGAUAUGCCUAACGUGGAAUCUACCCUCAAUCAGUCGGCAAUGAUGGAGACACUUUAUUCAGAUCCUCACUACCGAGUCCACUUACACAACCCAAGAACUGAUACGAACAAGGAGUUGUACAAAGUGUUGCCUGAGGCCAAGAAAGCACCAGGCAGUGGGGCAGUAUUUGAGCGGAAUGGACCACACCCUAGCAGCAGCGGGAUGCUCCCUUUGGGACUCCAGCCUGCUCCUGGGCUCUCCAAGCCUCUACCUUCUCAGGUAUGGCAGCCGAGUCCUGAUACUUGGCAUCCCCACGAGCAAUCUUGUGAACUCAGCACUUGUCGGCAGCAGCUGGAAUUGAUCCGCUUACAGAUGGAGCAAAUGCAGCUUCAGAAUGGAGCCAUCUGCCACCAUCCUGCUGGUUUUGCUCCUUCACUGCCCAUCUUAGAACCAGCACAAUGGAUCAGCAUCUUGAACAGUAAUGAACACCUUCUGAAGGAAAAGGAGCUUCUCAUUGACAAGCAGAGGAAACACAUCUCUCAUCUGGAGCAGAAAGUGCGAGAGAGCGAACUACAAGUCCACAGUGCACUUUUGGGCCGCCCUGCCCCCUUUGGGGAUGUUUGCUUGCUGAGGCUACAGGAAUUGCAGCGAGAGAACACUUUCUUACGUGCACAGUUUGCACAGAAGACAGAAGCCUUGAGCAAAGAAAAGAUGGAGCUUGAAAAGAAACUGUCUGCUUCAGAAGUGGAAGUCCAGCUCAUCAGAGAGUCGCUCAGGGUGGCGUUGCAGAAGCAUUCCGAGGAGGGGAAGAAACAGGAAGAAAGGGUCAAGGGUCGUGAUAAACAUAUCAAUAAUUUGAAAAAGAAAUGUCAGAAGGAAUCAGAACAGAACAGAGAGAAGCAGCAGCGUAUUGAGACCUUGGAGCGCUACCUGGCUGACCUGCCCACACUGGAAGACCAUCAGAAGCAGAGUCAGCAGCUUAAGGAUUCUGAAUUGAAGAGCACAGAGCUGCAGGAGAAAGUGACUGAGCUGGAGAGUUUGCUGGAGGAGACACAGGCAAUCUGCAGAGAGAAGGAGGUUCAACUUGAAAGUCUGAGACAGAGAGAAGCAGAAUUCUCCUCCACUAAACAUAGCCUGCAAGAUAAACAGUCUGUGGAGGACAACAGUGGAGAAAGCCCAAAAGUGGAAAUGGAGUCCUGGCAGAAGGAAUGUGAUUCCCUCCGAAAGAUUGUGGAGAAGCAACAGCAAAAGAUGGAUCAGUUGCGCUCACAAGUACAGAGCCUAGAGCAAGAAGUGGCUCAAGAAGAAGGAACAAGCCAGGCCCUGAGAGAGGAGGCCCAGCGGAGGGAUGCAGCCCUCCAGCAGCUGCGCACGGCCGUGAAGGAGCUUUCAGUGCAAAAUCAGGACCUGAUUGAGAAGAAUCUGACGCUCCAGGAACACCUGCGCCAGGCCCAACCAGGGUCUCCAUCUUCACCAGACAUGGGCCAGCUGGCACUUGAGCUGCACCAGGAGUUGGCCAAUUGCCUUCAAGAUCUGCAGGCUGUCUGCAGCAUUGUGACCCAGAGGGCCCAGGGCCAUGACCCCAAUCUCUCCCUGCUCCUGGGCAUUCACUCUGCACAAUAUCCAGGGACUCAGCUCGAUUUGCAGAAGCCAGAUGUGAUCAAGAGGAAAUUAGAAGAGGUUCAACAACUGCGUCGUGACAUCGAGGACUUAAGGACCACCAUGUCAGACAGAUACGCCCAGGACAUGGGAGAAAACUGUGUCACACAGUGAAGAAUGCUGGGGGUGAGACACAGGCUGUAUUCCCCUACACAAGAUCUGGAUUGCUGAGAGCCUAGUCCAGCAGGUUCCUGCCCUGACAAUCUCUUGCCUCCUGUCUGCUGCUAUUCCCAAAGAGAAGAGUUGGAGGGGAGGGAAGAACCUGCAUCUGGGGUCCAAGGGCUGGUUAGGGAACUGUGCCUACCCUACCCCACACUGGCUUUGCCUUGUUGGAUUACGUUUUGUCUUGUUAUCUUAAUUCACUCUUGAGGGUGAGUUACUAAUUAACUUUUGCAGGUACAACUGAUAAGUCCUCAUAAACUGUUCCCGGCUCUAGGCUGACAUCAGAGACAAAUAGGCUGCUCACCUUUCUACUCCAUCCUCUGGGAUGGAUCCAUGUUCAUUCCCACUCCAUACCUUGGUCCUGCUGACUAGAGAGUUCAUUAGAGGGGCCUGGAAAGGCUGAGUACCAGUAACAAUGGCUGUUUUAGAAUUCUCAGGUCCCAUGUGCCAGCCUUCCUGGGAACUGAGCUGGCUUUCUGGGUUUUCUCAGGCCUGAUCCCACUGCUUCUGCCUCAAGACUCUUGUUCUCCCAGAAGCCAGGAUAAUCUGCUCAUUAGCAACAUACCCACCAGCAUUGGGGGGUCUAGGGAUUAUAGCCAGGGCUCCUUAAUCUGCCUAUCGUGCCAUUUUAUAGGAGACCCCACUCUCCAGCUGCCCUGGGGCCCCAGCCAUGUGCUUAGCACAGCCCCAUUCUCCAGUGUUCUCUGGCCUUCCAGGUAGCCCCCUUCGUGGGCUUUGAAUGCAAACUUUUCUCUAUGGUUCUGGGCUUGGGCAGAAUUUUCCCCCAGUAGGCCACAGGGUAACUGUCAAGCUGCUUACCCCCUCACCCAGGGCUAGAGCCUGUGCCCAGCCUUCUGAUCUGUGCCUCUCUUAUGCUGGGGCGGUGUGGGAGAGGGGUGUCCUUUCCCUUUCCCGCUCUGGCCUCCUUGAAAGUUUAGAGUACCCAGUAUAAUUUAGCUUAGGUACAGCUUUCAGUGUUCUCUGGGUUUGUUUUUUGUUUGUUUGUUUCUCUGGGGCCUUUGAACCCUCUGCUUUCUGAUUUUUCUUGACUCCUGGUUUUGGGAGCAUCUCACAAUUGUUUGUAUCUGGUUGUUGGGCCAGCCUAAAGGCUCCUCUAGAUCUGGAGCCAGGCCAGGCAGGGGCCAUGUAUGGGAGGGAGAGCACUCAGCAGUUCAGGAGCCCAGAGCCAGCCAGUACAAGAUUCUUGGUGAGCUUUGGUCUUUUGGCAGGCAGCAUCCUGGACCUCACGCCUGAGCCUGAAUGAGGCUCCUUCUUCUUAAGUGUUUUUACAAGUUUGUGUUUUAUUUAUGGAGUGACUUAUCCCUUCCAUUCAGAGCAGCCCCACCCGGCCAUCCCUUCAGCCUCUGGGCUCCUGCUUCCUAAAAGCAGAGCCGCCCGGCUGGUCUCCACCCUGUGUUGGGAGCCCAGCCACCAUGCUCACGGGUAUUUUUCCUCAUAAAGUUUAUAAACGGUUAUUUAUAUGAAUCUUUGUUAUGUCAACUUGUUUGUAUUGCCUAUUUUCAUUAUAAAAUAAAACAUAUUAACAAACUC